UUCAUAUACACUGUGUAAAAGCAAAGGAUGGAGCAGCUACCUGAGUCAGCAGCCAGGAGGAUGUCAGUUGUUACUCUCAGUACUGCAGAUCGAGCACUGUGAAGAGCUUUGAAACCAGACUGAAAUUUUUCAAUAAUGCAGAUCUGAGCCAGGGACAGCAGCCACUGACAGCAGCAGCGCGGCGGCCGCCCAGCUCGCUGAGGGACGGAACACACAGGUUGAGCAACUGGACUAAACAAUUACUAUGCAGGGGCUCCUGAAGGUUUUGAUCCUUGCUUUGGCCCUGUCGAGCCCAACCAGAUGCCAAACCAGACGGAGGAAAGGACAGAGAGAGGUCAUCAUUAAUGAGGCCAAAACCCUGAUCUGCCCGGUGGAGAUCAUGUUCAUCGUGGACAGUUCAGAGAAAGCCAAAUCUCUGCUGUUUGAGCGUCAGAAGGCGUUCAUCCUGCGCUUCAGCACUAUGCUCACGCAGCUCCACUCAGCCGGCUGGCGUCUGCGUCUGCGCCUGGCUGCGCUGCAGUACAGCAGCACCGUGUCAGUGGAGCACAACUUCAGAGACUGGCAGGACAUGGACGUCUUCCAGAGCCGGGUGGCCUCCAUGACCUUCAUCGGCCACGGCAGCUACUCCGCCUACGCCAUCACUAACGCCACCCAGGUGUUCAGCCGCGAGACGUCCUCCAGCAGCCUGAGGGUGGCGCUGCUGAUGAUGGAUGGAACGGAUCACCCACGCAGCCCCAGUGCAGUGACAGCUGCUGCUGAGGCCAAACAGCACAACAUCAGGGUGUUCACCAUCAGGCUGUCAGACCUGCCCAGGGACGGUCCCAUGGGUGCAACACUACGAUCCAUUGCCAGUGCCCCCCCACAGCAGCACGUCCUCAGCCUCACCGACAGCCAGCUGGAUCACAGACUCUUCAGUGAACUGAGCUCAAUUGUCAAAACUGGGUGCCCACAGCCAAAGACCUGUCUGUGUGAGAGGGGGGAGAGGGGCCACCCUGGGAGCCCAGGGAAACCAGGCGAGACGGGGUCUGAUGGAGCUCCAGGUCCAAAGGGAUCUCGUGGGGAACCUGGCAUUAAUGGACGUCCAGGAAUGGAGGGCCUUGAGGGUCGGCCUGGUAGCAAAGGGGAAAAGGGAGGACAGGGUGAAUGUGGUGUCCCUGGUAAAAAGGGAGAACAGGGUGCAGAUGGACCUCCUGGCCCCAGAGGCCCCAGAGGAGAGCAGGGAGUCAGGGGAGGACCUGGAGACCAGGGUCCAGAGGGGCCAUCAGGACCUAAAGGUGACCGAGGGCCGAGGGGUGCACCUGGACCUCCAGGAGAUAAUGGCAUUGGGUUCCCUGGUCCCAAGGGUGACAAUGGAAACCAAGGAAGACCAGGCCCUCCUGGACCAGUGGGUGUGGGCGAACCAGGGUCACCGGGUCCAGCAGGGCCACCAGGGAUGCAAGGAUCUCCAGGGUUUCCAGGUGAGGGUCUCCCAGGGCCCAAGGGUGGCAGGGGGUAUGAGGGUCCUAAGGGCAGCCGUGGCCAGCCAGGAAUUGGCUACAAAGGUGAUAAGGGAAACACAGGAGCCCCCGGGUUGCCAGGUUUGGUGGGGUUUCCAGGGGCAGGCAUCCAAGGAGAAAAGGGGGACCAAGGGCCAGCUGGGCCUUCUGGUCCCAGAGGACCUCCUGGACUGGGUAUAGUUGGACCAAAGGGUGACCAGGGUUUCCCCGGAGAGCCUGGACCUCAGGGACAGAGGGGUGUUGGUGAGCCAGGACCAAAGGGGGAACUAGGGCCUGAUGGGGCUGCUGGGAUACCCGGCAUUCCUGGUGAGGAUGGAGCUGUUGGGCCUAAGGGAGAGAUGGGGUUGCCAGGACUGCGAGGCCUAGAGGGAGAACCAGGCAAAAGCAUCCCUGGAGAAAAGGGAGACAGAGGUGACCGUGGGCCAAGGGGCCUAUCAGGGUCUCCAGGCCCAGUUGGACCUGCUGGAGCUAAGGGAGAGCCUGGCAGCCCAGGAAUGGCGGGCCUACCUGGACCUGCUGGCCGUGGUUUACUAGGAUCAAAGGGAGAUCCUGGGCCUGUAGGACCAGCUGGACCUGUUGGAGAACCUGGAGUAGGAAUCAUUGGACCGAAGGGUAACAAAGGAAAUCCUGGACCUGUGGGGCCACCAGGAAUGAAGGGAGAUGGCUUCCCAGGACCGCAGGGGCUGCCUGGCUUACCAGGAGUGCAAGGAGAGAUCGGGCCUGAAGGGAAAGGACUGCCUGGACCUAAGGGUGACAGGGGCUUACCGGGGUUGCUGGGGCCAUCAGGUCCUCCUGGAAUUGGACUUUAUGGACCGAAGGGCUCUACAGGACAGCCUGGUCCACCAGGCCUGCUAGGGCCUCCAGGAGAGGGCAUCCAGGGACCAAAGGGAGAGCCUGGGUUUCAGGGCCCAAUGGGCCCUCGGGGGGCACCAGGGGAUGGCCUGCCAGGGGAGAAGGGUGAUAGAGGCAUUCCUGGAGACCGGGGAAAGAAAGGAGACAAAGGAGACUAUGGAGAACCUGGCUCUACUGGACUGAUGGGGAGACCAGGAGAAAAGGGGGAACCAGGACUGACGAGAGAAGAGGUCAUCAGGAUUAUAAGGGAAACCUGUGGCUGUGGUCUCAAGUGCAAAGAGAGCCCUCUGGAGCUGGUGUUUGUGAUAGACAGCUCUGAGAGUGUGGGACCAGAAAACUUUGAGUUGGUGAAGGACUUUGUGAACGCUCUUAUUGACCGGGUGUCCGUGAGCCGAGAAGCCAAACGGAUCGGCGUGGUGCUCUACAGCCAUGUGGACAUGGUGGUAGUCAGUCUGCAGCAGCAGUCCAGCCAGGACGACGUCAAGGCCGCCGUCAGGAAGAUGCCUUACCUGGGUGAGGGCACCUUCACGGGCAGCGCCAUCCAUCGUGCCAACCAGCUGUUCCAGGCCUCUCGGCCUGGUGUGAAGAAAAUGGCUGUGGUUUUAACAGACGGACAGGCUGACCCCCGUGACAUCAUGCAGUUUGAAGAAACAGCAACAGAGGCUCACGCAAAGGGGACCGAGAUGUUUGUUAUAGGAGUCAUGAAUAAGACUGACCCUCUCUAUGAAGAGUUCCAGGCUGAGAUGAAUGUAAUUGCCUCUGAUCCUGAUGAAGAGCAUGUCUACCUCAUAGAUGACUUCAGGUCACUUCCCACUCUGGAAAACAAAAUACUGAGUCGGAUUUGUGAGCAGGAUGACACAAUGGCACUUCUACCAAACUUUUUUACACCUGUGGAAAUCCACCCAGAGGCUCCAGAAGACAGACACUCCAAAGAGUUCCCAGAUGAGGAAAACAUACAAAUUGAACUUCCAGUAGAGACAGUAACAGCCCCGACUCCACAGUCCCAUGAGUCAGGUCGGGCCAACGAGAACCUGGUUGAUACUAAACUGUUUGUGGAGCCCUGGAACGAACUGCCAGACAUCACAUUUGCCUCUCCUGGUGGCAGGGGACAGCAGGGCCCUAGGGUGACCUCUGUGGUGGGUCCUCAGACUCCAACUGAAUGGCUGUAUGAGGCAGAGAGCACACAGGCUCCAGUCAGCCCUCAUCCUCCAUUCCUGACAGACUCAUUGGUGCCAGAUGAGGGGUGCAGUCAGCCUCUGGACCCAGGGCCCUGUCGACAGUAUGUAGUCAAGUGGUAUUAUGACCCUGAGGCCAACGCCUGCGCACAGUUCUGGUAUGGAGGCUGUCAGGGCAACGCAAACAACUUUGAAACUGAAGCCAACUGCAGGAAUUCCUGCGUCUACACGUAACAGACUGUUUGGAGAAAAGGGUGUGUGCAAAGAUAACAUGCUCCAUCAGCGUCACUGAGGAACAGAACGGACUGAUGACGCAGGCUUUACUGUUUGACCAGAGCUCAGGCCAGCAGCUGCUGCUGUGGUUACACUCUGUAGACUGCUGCAGGUGAAGGAGAUGAUGGAGAGUAGACUUGGACCUCCUCACUGUCUCUCAGGCUACGUUCACACUGUAGGUGGUCCUGCUCAAUUCUGAACUGCUGCACAUGUACUAGCUGUCUGAUCAUUUUAGACAACUACUUAUAUCUGCUCUGGGAUGUAUACCAACUAAAAACCAAUACAAGCUGACAAGAGCAUUAAAACGACUGGUUCAACUUUGCAUCCCAAAUGCAAAUUAUUUUCUUUUCUUUCUCACUUUCUUUCUAUUGUUGUAUAGUUGUUCUCCAGGUUAACACUUACUUAGCCUAAUUCAUCUUUACACUGGACUGGAAAAACCAGGGGCAUGUAUCACAAAGCGAGUUCAGCUUGGUCUCUUUAAGUUAUCUGUCUUCACUGAGCCUAACAUUGGUGAUCCUGGGUAACCUGUGUCACAAAGCUGGUUCUCAACUGGCUCAGUUAACUCUGAGUUUUCCAAUCCAGCUCUGAGGAUUCUGAUGUGAACGAAGCAGAGUUCUUAAUUGCAAGCCAUCACAUUUAAAUUCUUCAGUACCAUGAAUAGAGUACUUAUAAUAUGACAUGAGAUGAACCACAAUUAGAAUUACACAAUAUAAUGACACAACUUGAAUAGAAUAGAAUAGCUGUAGAAAAAAUAGGAAUAUCCAAAUAUUAAAAGUAAUACCAAGCCUAUAAAUAAGUGUUAAAUGAAUAUAAAUAAAUGAUUAAAUAGUCCUUUUUAAAUAUCGUCGCAUUUACAACUUGUUCAGUAGUCUAGAGUGAGUAUGGAGUGAAUUAUACAUGGACUGAUAAUCCAUGUAUUUUCUGUAGAUACAUUUUGAUGCCCUUAACAGACUGUUAUGAAUAUGUGAUACACUUAACGACGAGAAAAUAUUUGAAUGUCUGAUAUGGUCUGAGUGAAAUAUCGCAUUUCUAAUUAACUGCGAGCUAACAGUGUGUGCAAUUAAUAUGCAGUUAUAUUCGGCAUUCAUUAGUCUGUUAGGCCCCGAUCAGAGCGCUUUUUGCAGGUUGCAAAUCAUGAGGCGCACCGCACUGCCUUUUUGUUGAAGUCUACAAUUUAAAUAAAGAGCAGCUUGCUGUGUUUUUUUUUAUAUUGUAGCUACUGUAGGCAACCAUCAAAUCACCUGUCCUUAGCCUAAACUCACAAAUCUGAUCCAAUUGGACAAUGGGGAAAAAAUGCAAAAGACGUUUGGCGUUUUUCCGCUCUGAGUUGAAGUUUUUGAACUGGAGGUGUUCAGAGUGCUCCUGCAAAAACGUGAGGUGCUUUGGGCGUAGAAAACACAAGACGCCCAGGGCGCAUGAAAAGCACACAAAACGCUUACUGCCUAUAGAAAACAACUGGAAAAAGACACCUCUCACUGCAAAAACCGCAGCCUGUCUGAUCAGAGUGGCCUUAGUGUGGUAAACUACCUCGGUUUGUUAGAUGUCCUGUUUUGAACCCAGAGUCUAAACAAAUGAUUAUUCUAUCUUUGACAUAAUUAUUCUGGUAAGAAAAGUGAUUUUACAGACCUGUAACAACAUCUCUUAUGUUCUUUAUUACUCAUCACUUUAAUGUUAAGUCAGUGCUUAUGUCCAUGUCAGGAUCCUGUAGGAACAAUGACUUCCAGUGAUCUGAUUGGUCAGUGGUCAGGGCGUUGGUCCUCUGAAGUUAACCUGCUCCGGAGCAGGUUAGCCGCACAACAUUGGUUACCAUGGUGAUCUACCCUGUCUUUGUGUUAAGACCAAAGAUAGCUGGCUAACUCACUAAUCUCACUUUGUGAUACAGGCCCCAAAACACCUCACGUGAUUUAGUCAUUUAACCUGAACACAUGUUCUAUGCAACAGGAUCAACUUUAACUCAAGUUUGACUUACUGAUUUCAAGUUACUUUUCUUUUCUUUUCUUCUACUUCUAUGAGGACACAAAAAGCAUGGAGAAACUAAGGAUUCCUUUAAAAAAAAGCAGUGGCAACCGGCCAAGACAGAACAAUCAGCUGUCGCUCAAAUGACAGCGAAGGUCAUUUGAUCUAAUUGCCUCUCUGUUUUCCUUCAUUGUCUGAGUUUUCAAUAGAUACCAUAGAUUGUCACACAGACCUCACUGUUCUCUGAGCUGAUGAAACUCAAUAACUGCUAACACACUAAGACUGCAAACAGACAACCAUACCAGAAUAUUUCUUGGCUAGGUGCAGGAACUUCUGGAAUCACCACUGAUUGCCUGGUGACUGCCCAAGAAAUAGUCCGGCACACACACCCCUGUAAAAAACGUCAGUUUUUGUACAGAUUAAACAACAAGAUAGAACAUGUUAAUAUGUGAACUUUAAAGGUGCUGGUAGGUAGCUAGCUGUUUCCCCCUGCUUCCAGUCUGUAUGCUAAGCUAACCAGCGCCUGCCUGUAGCUUCAUAUGUAUUAUAGACAUAUGCACUAUAUACAUGUUUCUGUCUGUUACUCUGGCAACUAAUUUCUGAAUUAUUAACAGUUAUGUCUAAAUCUGGUCAGUUCAAUUAUAUAUUGCGGUAUGAAGUAUGUCAUGACAAUACUACUACAGUGGUGUGCAACAGUGUUUGCCCCCUUCCUGAUUUCUUAUUUUUUUGCAUGUUUGUCACACUUAAAUGUUUCAGAUCAU